AUGUCGAUGGAUUUGGACGCACCUGUGCCCAUGGGGCUGCAGGACCAGCCUACUGCUAUGGCGACUAUUCUUUGCUGCAACUGUGGUGCGCCCAUUGAUGGAACCACCUCCGCCGGAGCGUUGUGUCAGGAUUGUUUGCGACUGAAUGUCGACGUUUCUCAAGGUAUCCAGCGCGAGGGAACUCUCCACUGCUGCAGAGAUUGCGAGAGAUGGCUCCAGCCCCCCAACAGCUGGGUUGUUGCGAACCCCGAAUCGAAAGAACUACUUGCGGUCUGUCUGCGACGUCUUCGUGGCCUGUCGAAAGUCCGCAUUAUCGACGCCAGUUUUAUUUGGACCGAGCCUCACUCCCGCCGUGUGAAGGUCAAGAUCACAAUUCAACAGGAGGCUUUCCAGGGCACAAUCAUUCAGCAGACAUUUGAGGUGGAAUAUGUUGUUGCAUCGCAGCAGUGUGAUGACUGCAAGAAGUCAUACACCCAUAACACUUGGCGAGCCGCCGUCCAGGUCCGCCAGAAGGUGCCUCACAAGCGUACUUUCCUCUACCUGGAGCAACUUAUCCUGAAGAACGGCGCACACAAGGACACAGUUAACAUCAAGGAGGCCAAGGAUGGUCUUGAUUUCUACUUCUCACAGCGCAACCACGCUGAGAAGAUGUGCGACUUCCUGUCUUCUGUUGUUCCUUGCAAGAUGAAGAAGUCCCAGGAGCUUAUUUCCAUGGAUAUCCACACCAGUACAAAGUCUUACAAGUUCACAUUCUCCAUUGAGUUGAUUCCCAUCUGCAAGGAUGAUCUUGUCGCUCUGCCCAUCAAGCUUGCCCGUCAAAUCGGAAACAUUUCGCCUCUUACUCUGUGCUACCGCGUCGGUACUUCCAUUAACCUUUUAGACCCGACUACCCUCCAGACAGCCGAUGUCCCCUCGUCCACAUACUGGCGGAAUCCGUUCAAGAAUCUCGCCGAUGUGACCGAGCUUAAGGAGUUUAUCGUUAUGGAUAUCGAACCCACUGGACAGUCAAAUGGCAGAUACCACCUCGCCGAGGCCACUGUCGCCCGUGCUUCGGACCUGGGCACCAACGAUAUCACAUACUUCACCCGCACUCACUUGGGCGGUAUUCUGCACGUCGGUGACUCCGUGCUCGGCUACCACCUUAGCGGCACAUUGUUCAACAAUGAUAACUACGAGGCUAUCGAGGGAAGCGCUCAAUACAGCUCAACUAUUCCGGACGUUGUUCUCGUCAAGAAGCACUACGCCCGCAAGAAGAAGCCCAAGAACCGUGCUUGGCGCCUCAAGCGUAUGGCCCGCGAGUACGAGGCCGAGGAGGCGACUGGUGCUGCCCAGAAGAGUCGCCGCGAACAAAAUGACGCCAAUCGCCUCGAGGAGGACUUUGAGACAUUCUUGCGUGAUGUCGAAGAAGAUCCCGAGCUACGGCAGACUCUGGACCUUUACAAGGUUCGCAAGGAGCGCCAGGCAGCUGAUGCUAUGGAUGAGGAUGAGGAUAAUGACAGCGAAAACGGCGUGCCGGAGAUCAACAUGGAUGAGCUCCUUGACGACUUUGAUGAGCUGAAUAUGGGGGAAUGA